AUGGUGGACAAAGAAACCGUUGAAAGACAGGCCUAUACUCUCAAAAUGAACAAACUAGACCAGAACCUCCUCAAGGCCUAUUUGAACCACGUAUCCGAAAAGGCGGCGGAGCAUAAACUGGGCAAAAGGGAACUCAAAUUAUAUACCAACAGUGGAGUUUGCGCCAUUCGUGGACAAGGAUGGAAUAGCAUGCCUUUCAAGCACCCAUCUACUUUUCAUACGCUCGCACUCGAUCCAUCCAUAAAGAAAACAAUUAUCAAUGAUCUUGAUCGAUUUAAGGCCGGAAAAGAUUUCUACAGACAGAUCGGUCGCGCCUGGAAACGCGGUUACCUUCUUCAUGGCCCUCCCGGAACGGGAAAGUCCAGCUUAAUUGCCGCCGUGGCAAACUACAUGAAAUAUGACAUCUAUGAUCUUGAACUCACUAAGGUCUCUCAUAACCAGGAGCUCCGUGCCCUUCUUACUCAGACCAGUGAAAAGGCCAUCAUUGUUAUCGAGGAUAUUGACUGCUCGCUUGAUCUUACGGAUAGAGAGUGCAAAGAGAAGGCCAAAGAAAGCAAGCUGCGAAGUCAGCUUACAUUUUCUGGUUUGCUCAAUUUUACGGAUGGAUUGUGGUCUUGCUGCGGUGAGGAGCGUAUUAUUAUCUUUACUACUAACAUCCCUGAACAUCUCGAUCCCGCUCUUCUUAGAUGUGGGAGAAUGGAUGUCCACAUUGAACUCUCUUACUGCAACUUCGCUGUUUUUAAAAUUCUCGCUUUCAAUUAUUUGAGAAUUGAAGUUCACGAACUUUAUCCUUUGGUGGAGGAGAAGAUCGCUUCCGGGGCCGAGAUGACUCCCGCUGAAAUUAUAGAAAUUCUGAUGAGUAAAGUGGACACUCCUGACGAAGCAAUGACCAAUGUGAUUAGUGCUUUGGAUGCCAAAAUUAAGCAAAAACAGGAUCAUCGUCAGUCCCAAUCUUCCUAA